AUGAAACAAAUGGACGUCGAACGAACUAAAUCAGUGUCAUUUUGGUGCUCAAUUCGUGUUGCUGUUGCAUUCGUCGGAUUUCUCGGGAUGAUUGCACAUUAUUCACAAAAGAUAAGUGUUGGUAUUGCACUUGUCUGUAUGGUGAAUCAUUCUGCUAUUGCAACUCCACAGAAUUCUCUUUCGAAAACAUUGGCACCAACGAAUCUCAAUUGUCCAGUUUUGAGCAAUGCUGCGAAGAUUGAAGGUCCAUAUCCAUGGUCAAAGAAUGUUCAAGGCAUCGUCCUUGGCGGCUAUUUUUGGGGGUAUUUAAUCACUGAGGUGCCUGGUGGAUAUCUAGCUGGACGUUACGGAGCUCGAUUUAUAUUCGGUGGCGCGAUGAUUAUUGCCAGUUUGUUCUCAGUGGUGAUACCAUGGGGUGCAAGUAUACAUUGGGGUAUAGUUUGGUUUUUGCGAUUAAUUGUUGGUCUUGCCCAUGGAGUCAUAUGGCCCAGUAUGGCUGUUAUUAUGUCACAUUGGGCACCACCAAACGAGCGAGGCAAACUUGUCGGUUUCAUGAAUGCUGGUGCUCAGAUUGGCAACGUAAUAACUUUAUCCAUAGGAGGUUUAAUGUGCUCAUGGGACUUUGCUGGCGGCUGGCCUUUGAUCUAUUAUUCAACAGGCGUUCUUGGUUUAGUUUGGGGUAUCUUUUGGAUAAUUUUCUAUGCUGAUUCGCCGCGUGAUCAGCGUUGUAUUAGCAAUUCAGAGAAAGAGUAUAUUCUUCAUGAGACACAACAACAAUUAUCAAAUCAUUCGAAGAAUGAGUUUCAGGCGCCAUGGAAAGCAAUUUUAACAUCACCGGCUUGUUGGGCACUUUUUGCUGUGCAUACAUGUAACAACUGGGGUACUUAUACAUUCUUAACAUCAAUACCAAAAUAUAUGGCAGAAGUAUUGAAAUUCGAUAUUAAAUCAAAUGGUUUUCUUUCAUCGUUACCAUACAUCAUGUUUUGGUUUAAUAUCAAUUUGUCAGGUGCUAUAGCAGAUAUGCUUAUUCGAAAGGAAAAAUUAACACGAACACGAACACGACAAGUAUUCAAUGUGUUAGGAAAUCUCUUUCCGGCAAUAUUUGUUAUUGGUUUAGCAUUUAUGACCUGUGAAACAAAAUACGUUGCCGUAACUCUUUUAACAAUUGGAGUGACUUUUACAGGUUGUUGCUAUGGCGGAGGAUUUAUGCUUACAGCAAACGAUAUUGCUCCUGCCUAUGCAGGGAUUAUUUUUGGUAUUUCGAACACAUUUGCCACACUACCUGGUAUCAUUAGUCCAUAUGUAGUUGGCGCACUUACCGAACGAGAUCCGAACAAUUGGCGUUAUGUUUUCUUUAUCUGUGCAGCAAUUUAUAUAAUCGGAAUGAUCGUAUUUCUGUUCAUUGGCUCAGGUGAUGUGCAGCCAUGGGCAUUAAAAGAUGCAGACAAGUCUACUAUUCCCGAAGCAGUGCCUCUUGCUGAACCUGUACCUGCUGCGCCAUCAAAAACACUAGAUGAACCAUAG